CUUCCUCCGGCUGGUCACGCGACACCUGGCCCCCCCUCCCCGUCCCGUCCCUCUCCACGGAGAUAGGCCGUUCCGGUGAUUUCUCAACUCAUCAUGUUUUCGGUUUCAGCCCCCACCAUCUCCGUGGGUUCCAAUAUAUUCUACUCCUUCGCCCUCGUCAUCAUCUCCGUCUUGGUCAUCCUGCUGUUGCGCCGCUUUUUGACCCUCCGGAACACUCCCGCCUAUCUCUCCGUGUCCGUCUUUCUCUCCCUGGCCCUACCCGCCGGGGUCGUCCUCCUCGUCCCCAUUGACCUCGCCUCGAGCUCCCGCGACGAUGGAGAUGGGCCACGGGCCAUCUGGCUGCCGGAGCGCCUCAUUCUGGUCUCCUGGCGCAUCGCCUACUGGUUGAUCUUUGUCCUCACCUGGGUCAUCCUUCCUUUGCUCGGGGAAUACAUCGAUUCCGGCUAUCGUGAUCCCAAAGGUCGCAUGCAGUAUUCCAUCCGUUCCAACGCCCAGUACCAACUCCUCGUCCUCAUCUGUUCCGUCGUCGGCCUCAUCUACAUCUCCGUCCAGGAGGGGUUCAACUUCACCGCCAUCAAGGGCGUCGUCAUGGCCCUGUCCUACGUCUGGGGUCUCGUCAUGGCCAUCUACCUCAUGGGCCACGGCCUCGUCUCCAUCCCCCGCGCCCUGUUCCGCAACGCCAGCGUCAGCGGCCGCCUGCGCCGCAUCCAGCUCUACGCCCCCAAACUGCAUGACAACCUGAUGGAUGCCGUCACGGACCUCGAGAGCCUCGAGGCCCAGGUCGGCCAGUUGCAGCGUCGCAAGACCGGCACCGCCCGCGACUUCCAGGACUGGAUCGAGGAGCUGGCCGAGACCUCCAACAUCCCCGAGGAGUCCGCCCUCCUCGGCCCCUCGGCCUCCCACACCACGGCCACCGUGCCGUCCGUCAUCACCGAACGCUACCUGGCCGACCUGACCCGGCGCAUCCAGCGCAAGCGCCACCUCAAGGCCCGCUUCGUCGACGAGUGGGAUCGGCUGGUCCUGACCGCCGCCGACAUGCAGGCCAUCAUCAACGCCGCCGCCACCCAGCGCCUGGACUUCCCCCAGUCGCAGCGCCGCUCCUUCUUCCCGGGGGUCCGCGCUCUGACCCCGUACCUGCGCUACCAGCUGUACGCCCGCCUCGUCCCGAGCAUCCGGCUGGUCCUGGGCGCCCUCUGCGCCGCCGCCUCGGUCUCCGUCGUCUGGUCCGAGGUGUUCAAGUCCUUCGCCCCGCGGCUGUCGGUGGUGACGCUGUCGGUCAUCUCCUACCACAAGGACCCCAAGCCCGUGGGCUUCUGGCGGCAGCUGACCGCGACCGGCUGGCUGCUCUACAUGUGCUGGGCCGCCCUGGCGGGCGUCAACGACGCCAAGGUGUGGGGGAACCGCGCCCUGGUGCGCCGGAACACGUACGGCGAGAGCGCCUGCUGGUACGCCGGCCUGGUGGCGCGGCUGGCCGUCCCGAUCGCCUACAAUUUCCUGACCUUCCUGCCGGUCGCCUUCCGCGAGAACACCACCUUCUACGACUUCCUCGGCAAGUCGAUCGACCUGACGCCGCUGGGCAAGGGCUUCGAUUGGUUCUUCCCGGUCUUCAUCCUGCUGCCCAUCGCGGCCACGAUGUUCAACCUCUACGGGCGCAUCAAGAAGAUCUGCGGGUUCGGCGUUCUGGAGCCGGAGGAGGAGGACGACCUGGAGACGAACCCGAGCGGCUACGGGCUGGGCGGCUGGCGCGAGGGCCGCGAGCUGAUCGAGCGCGAGCUGAACGGGCUGGGAUCGCUGUCCCUGACGUCGCGCGCGGGGCGGUCCCCCCGCGUGUCGAGCCCCGUCAGCGGGAGCCCUCGGGGGUUCUCCUCGUCCCGGACGUCGGGCAGUGACGCCGUGCGCCCGUCGCGAUCCCCGCGUGGGACGGUGCCCGCCGCCGUCGAGCCGGAGGAGGAGACGUUCCUCCAGUCGUUUGCGCACCGGGUGCGCAACACCUUCGAGACGGCCAACCCGCCGCAGUGGCUAGGGGGCGGGUUCCAGCUUCCACGGUGGAUGGGGAAUGAGGGACGACCGACGGGGGUGCGACUGUAG